AUGAGCAAUGGCAGCCAGGCGGGCGAGGCUCUAGACGACAAGAGUCACUAUGAGGUCAUGGGACUCCCUCUUACAGCAUCCAAGGCCGAAGUCAGAGCCAGGUUUCUCAAGCUUGUCCGGCUGCACCACCCCGAUAAGGCGGGCGCUCGCUCCUCUUCAUCGUCGCAAGUCAUUCACAAGCUAUAUACGGCACAUCAAGUCUUGUCCAACGAUGACUCUCGCGCCCUGUACGACGCUGAGCUGGCGCAGCGACGUGGCACCUCCCUCUCGCCCACCUCUCACACUGCGCGGCCGCCGAGAGUGAGCGCCACCCUCGACCUUGACACCUUUGAACCCACGGAUGAGGAGGCCGUCCGCUUCGAGCACCCUUGCCGCUGCGGAGCAAAGUACAUUGUCUCUGCAGACGACCUAAUGGUGGAGGGAUUUGAGCUGGUAGAGUGCUCAGGAUGCUCAGAGGUCGUCAAGGUUGCUUGGCGUGAUGAGACAGACGAGGAUGGCAGGCAGGGGCACGAAUGA